GGGCCUGGGGCGGGGCAGCGCAAGGAGCUGUGGCCGAAGAUGGCGGCCGAGGCGCUGAAUGGACUGGAGGCGCCUGCCAGCGACUCCGGCCGGAGUGAUGCCAUCUGCAGUUUUGUCAUUUGCAAUGAUUCUUCCCUUCGAGGUCAGCCUAUUAUCUUCAAUCCUGACUUUUUUGUGGAGAAACUCCGACAUGAGAAACCUGAGAUGUUCACUGAGUUGGUGGUCAGCAAUAUCACAAGGCUUAUUGAUUUACCUGGAACUGAGUUGGCUCAGCUGAUGGGAGAAGUGGAACUUAAGUUGCCUGGUGGGGCUGGCCCGGCAGCAGGAUUCUUCCGGUCUCUUAUGUCUCUCAAGCGGAAGGAAAAAGGAGUAGUAUUUGGAUCCCCACUGACGGAGGAAGGCAUUGCCCAAAUAUAUCAACUGAUCGAAUAUCUGCACAAAAACCUGCGAGUAGAGGGUUUGUUUAGAGUCCCAGGCAACAGUAUCCGACAACAGCUUUUGAAGGAUGCUCUCAAUAAUGGAACUGAUAUUGACUUGGAAUCAGGAGAGUUUCACUCAAAUGAUGUUGCCACCCUCCUAAAGAUGUUUCUUGGAGAGUUACCGGAGCCCCUGCUGACCCACAAACAUUUCCACGCACACCUCAAAAUUGCUGAUUUGAUGCAGUUUGAUGAUAAAGGAAAUAAGACCAGUAUACCAGAUAAGGAGCGGCAGAUCGAAGCUCUGCAGUUGCUCUUUCUCAUCCUCCCUCCACCCAAUCGUAACCUGCUGAAGUUACUGCUUGAUCUCCUAUAUCAGACAGCAAAGAAGCAAGACAAGAAUAAAAUGUCUGCCCACAACCUUGCCCUUAUGUUUGCACCCCAUGUCUUAUGGCCAAAAAAUGUCACUGCAAAUGACCUUCAGGAGAACAUCACAAAGUUAAACAAUGGGAUGGCUUUUAUGAUCAAACACUCCCAGAAACUUUUCAAGGCUCCAGCUUAUAUUCGGGAAUGUGCCAGACUAUACUAUCUUGGCUCCAGAACUCAAGUAUCAAAGGAUGACCUUGAUCUGACAACCUCAUGUCAUGCCAAGUCCUUCCAGUUGGCGAGAUCUCAGAAAUGGAACAGGAUAGAUUCUUAUUCUCAACAAGAAGAGACCCAGCAAUGUACAGAAGAGGCACUGAAAGAGCUCUUCCAACAUGUUCACAACAUGCCAGAGUCAGCAAAGAAGAAACAACUUAUAAGACAGUUCCAUAAGCAAUCUUUGACCCAAACACCAGGGCGAGAACCUUCUACUCCCCGGGCCCAGAAGAGAACUCGUUCACGGUCCUUCAGUGGGCUUAUUAAGCGCAAAGUCUUGGGAAAUCAGAUGAUGUCAGAAAAGAAAAACAAGUCUCCUACUCCAGAGUCUGUGGCCAUGGGUGAACUGAAGAAAGCCAGCAAAGAAAAUAUGAACUUAUUGUUUUCUGGCUCUCCAGCUGUAACGAUGACACCAACAAGAUUGAAAUGGUCUGAGGGGAAGAAAGGGGGGAGAAAAGGUACUCAUUGUGGUUCCCUCUGUUGUCACUGAGUGUGCUUCCCUGCUGCUCUCUCAGUCAGUGGCACUUCUUUUUUUGAAUCCCGAGGUGGUCUAAUUGUAGUCAAAAGGAAUUUAGGUGGUUAUGCUACACAGCACUGCCCUCAAGUACUGAGGAACAGUUUCAAACACAGCCCCCACCUGGGGUCUCUUAAGAAUACCUGCUAAGCCACACCUUCAAUCCAAGCACUUAGUAGGCAGA